AUGAGCGACGGCAAGAAAACAGACGAAAUUCUCAAGACCAUCAAGAACAAGCAGCGGCGGCAGAAGGUGUUUGCCGCGCUCCAGGCGGAGAAGUCCAAGGAAAGACACAAGGCCCGAGCUGCGAGAGCAAAAGAGGAGAGAGAAAACCCGCAACUUAAAGCCGAGCGUCUCGCGGCCAACGUGCCGGAAACCAUCGAGUCGAAGCGUGUGUACGACGAAACAAUUGCCGACGAGGUGGAGGGAGAAGACGAGUUUUUCGAGCUUUUCAACCGCACGCAGAGAGACCCAAAAGUGCUUCUCACCACGAAUGCCGGCGCCAAAAAGAACGCCUACGAGUUUGCAGAUAUCCUCAUGGAGUUUGUGCCCAACGUGACGUUUGUCAAGCGCAAAAGAGAGUACCUGAUGAAGGACAUGGCCCAGUACUGCACCAACAGAGACUUUACCGAUUUGAUAGUCAUCAACGAGGACAAGAAGAAAGUCAACGGGCUUACAUUCAUCCACUUGCCCGAGGGCCCCACUUUCUACUUCUCCGUGUCGUCUUUGGUCACCACAGAGCGCAUCAAGGGCCAUGGCCGUGCCACAUCGCACAUUCCAGAACUUAUUCUCAACAACUUCAACACACGGUUGGGUAAGACGGUCGGCCGUCUUUUCCAGGCGAUAUUCCCUGCGCAACCCGAAAUCCAAGGUCGCCAGGUGCUCACAUUGCACAACCAGCGAGACUACAUUUUUUUCCGAAGACACCGGUACGUUUUCCGCAAUGAGGAGAAGGUAGGGUUGCAGGAGUUAGGACCACAGUUCACGUUGAAGUUGCGCCGGUUGCAAAAGGGUAUCAAAGACGAGGUGGAGUGGGAGCAUAGACCGGACAUGGAGAGAGACAAGAGAAAGUUUUACCUCUAG